AUGAGGAAGAACUGCCCCGUCUGCGGCCGCGCCCUGCGGUGUAUCGAUUGUCUGGGAUCUGAUCCAACGGGGCUCGGUAGCGGAUUCAACGAUCCGAGUCCGGGCCUCCUCGAUCAAUCCAAGUCCUUCACCGUGGCGUCCUCAAGCCUUCAGACUUGGUCUUCUGAUCUCGUACGAAAUCUCAACAACCUCGCCCAACCGAUCCUUCGACACUUGCCGGCCGAUUUUCACAACAACGUCAAUCUUCUCCUGACAGAGUACUCCACCGCGUCCUACACGACCCUUGCUGCCCUCAUCCUCUCCCUCGUCUAUCUUGUUGCCCGCUAUCUCAUGAGUAGCUACGGUAGCUACGUCGCCUACGGUGGUCGUAGUGGGGGUUCGCCUUACACCAGCAACAUCGUCGAUCCGUACACUCGCAACCUGUCUAAUCACUUUGAGUACAUUGACGCCGAUCAUGGCAUGCUUCAAGAGCCGCAUCGUCACUCUGUGUCCAGACUACAUGAGGUGCCGAUAGAAGACCCUGAUGCUCCGGAUGUCAUCCUUGUGCGAUACAUGGCCUCUCUGUUUCCUGUCGAAUUCCCUCCAUAUUCCAUCAGUGAGGAGACCGCCUAUGUCGGUCAACUUCGAGAAGCCGUCGCCCGGUACUUGCAGACGGAUCCCAGAAGAGUGCGACUGGUGUACAAGAAGCGCGACCUAAAGCACGAUGGGUGGCCGUUGCGAAAAUAUAACAUGAAGCAAAACAGCGAGGUGGCAGCCAUCAAGACCGAGGCGAUACUGGACUACAGCGAUAGAGAUAGUCACUCAUCGGGCGGUGAGGACGUUCCUGAGCAAAAUCCUCGGCGCCGGCCCCGUGCUGCGUCUUCGGUCAGACAUCGUAGCGACGAAAAUCUGCCACAGCAGAGACCUGCGGCAUCGUCCAGUUUUCUUCAUCCCAACGGGCACGUUUCUUCUGGGACCACGUCCGAACGACAGUCUCGCACCAAUUUAAGACCAGAGCCUGAUGAUCGGCCCGUGCGACGCGAGCCGUCUCGCACCCGGGGAACGUCACCUCGACCGUCGUCCACCCCGACACCUAUUCCCACCUCACUGCCUGCGGCGGACCCGAACAGUCCAUUGGGAAAGUUACAGGCCCUUUCGGAUAACUACCACGAGCAAUGGCUUCCUCUCUGCCGCAAGUUCAUCUCCAACCCCCCUUCUUCGGCGCAAGAUCGGGAGAAAGAACACCGCAAGUUGAGUGAGAGCGUCAUGACGCAUAUUAUCCUGAAAGCGGACGCAAUUGACGUGGAUUCUACGGAAGCACGUGGAUUUCGAAAAGGCCUUUUGAACGAGAUCCAGGAGACGAUGAAGAAGAUAGAUGCGGUAGCCAAGGCUUGA